AUGGGGUUUCUCAAGAUACUUGGUGGGGUGCAGAAGAAAACUACAAGAGAUGGACAACCCGCCAAGCGGCGAGGCCCGAAACCCGACUCCAAGCCAGCUCUCACGCGACGACAAGAGCUUAAUCGCCAGGCACAAAGAACCCACCGUGAACGCAAAGAACAAUAUAUCCGCGCAUUGGAAGCUGAAUACUCCCGAUUACGUGAAACAUACGGUGUUGAAAUCAACAAUUCCCGGCAACAGCUUCAACAACAACAUGAUGCGCUGCAGCAAUUGAAGGACGAAAAUGAUCAGCUUAAAGAGAUACUAAAAUCAUACAAUAUCUCAUUCGAGCCAGAACUAGAGCGACGUAAAGCUGCUUUGGCGGCGCGUAAAGGAUCGAUAUCUACAACUAAUCCCUACACUGCCAGCACGGCAGGCUCUCAGUCGACAGGGUUUCCAUCUCAACCCACGUUCCUCACAACACCCCCGUCAAGCCUCAGCUCGCCACUGAGUCCUCGAAGCGGCGGGGAGCGAAUUGGAUCGCGAGGUGAACCACCUGCGUCGUACAACUACGGUAACACCGGUUAUCACGCUACCCCGAGCCAGGGGUCCCAUGAAUUUUCCGGCAAGGUUGACAAUGCGAGCGCGGUAUCUCCGUAUCCCGGCAUUUUCGAUGAGGAUCCCCAAUUGGGAAUCGACUUUAUACUUCAGCUGGAAGCACCUUGUCGGGUGCACACGGAAUAUCUUUGCAGAGAAUCACACAAGGAUGUUGAAAAAGAGUCAUUUUUCUCCGGCCAUGCCUUGAUGGCUUCUUGCCCACCCCCCAGCCAUAUCGAGACAGUUCCUGAGGGCAAUGAUUACCCCCACCAAACAUACGAUCUCCCGACUCCAGAUUUAGAGAAACUUCUCAACCUCAGCAAGCAGCUUAUCACCGAUGGACAAAUAACGCCGAUCAUGGUGCUCCAGAGCUUAAAAAACCACGAGCAAUACCGCUCUCUCACGCGAGAUGAUGUCAAGACCAUAAUAGAGACAUUGAAUGCGAAGAUCCGAUGUUAUGGUUUCGGUGCCGUGAUUGAAGAUUUCGAACUGCGUGACUGUUUACAAGCUGUUUUGGGCACUAAAUUGUACUACGGCCGCACUCCCCCAUCACGAGUCACAGAGGACGCUGUUAUGUAUGCAUAG